ACAACCAGGUGUUUUCAGUUCAAGUUACCUUUGCUGAACAAGAUUCUCAGUUCCUCAGUUGUUUCGUGACCUUUCACUAAGAGCACAAGAUUUAUUAUAACAAUUGUAUAAGAAUAUGUUCGUAAAUUUGACAGCGAGAAUUAGUGAUUCGAAGUGAAACUUUGGGUGAUUUAAAUACCUGAUUAGAUAAGAAUUUGCUUAAAAACCGUCAUGGCUGCCACGCAGAUAGUUUUAACAUUGUUUUUUGCAAGUCUCUUGAAAAUAUCUUCAGAAAGAGAACACAAGGUUCACAAUAUAGUCCUUUAUCCUGAAAAACACUCUUGGUGCCAAAUAACACCGAUCCAACAAAUUAUAGCAGCACCUGGUUAUGAAUCAGUAACGAUAGAUAAUAAUGUAUGUGUUGGUGCAUGUUAUAGUUACUCCAUACCAAGAACUCAACCUGCAGAGCCGGGAGAGUUCAUCGGGCCGUAUUGCGAUAGCUGUCAACCAUCUGAAAUUAAAUGUUACCACGUAAAUCUGAAGUUGAUUGAGAAUUUAGACGCGCCCAAAGUUCUCCAAAAACGAGUGCAAAUUAUUACCAAAUGUUCUUGUCAAAGUUGUGAUACGAUCAGAACAGAAGAUUGUGAAAUUACGGAUGGCAGUACGGUAGAAUUGCCGCAAAAUCUUUUUACCAUCGAUAAAAAUGGAAAUAAAACCUUCAGCGAAGAACUUCCGGAUCUUCUUGAUAGAAACGAUACUUACCAUCCCAAUUUGAAUAUCGAAAACGAUAUUAAAAAGCAAAAGUAUAAGAAAUGGUUCGAAAGCCAUCAAAAUGAAAUUGAGAGAACUUAUAGCUCGGAUUUAUAUAAGUUAUUCUUGAAACAAAACAGAGAUAACAAUUUAAAAAUAGAAGAGGAUUUAGAUGAACUCAAUUUACCUCCCACUUUUGGACUCGAAGGUAAUCCAAGCGGUCUAAAAGGAAAUCAUAUCGGAAUGGGGUUAUCGAAAAAAAAUCACAAGGAUUUGGAAGCUGAAAGUGAUGAGGAUACUGAUUCGGAUGAAAUUAGCACACAUCCGAACGAAAUCGUGGUUGUACCUGGUACUGAAGUGAAGCAUCGGGAUAUUAAAUCUGGAGAAUUGACUGGCUUGAAAUCGCAUCAAAACCAUCAUCAUAUUGGCGAAGAAGAACUCAUUGGAAUGAAUGUUGUACAUAUGAUAAAAGGACCCCAUGGAAGUUUAGUAGCCGCUCCAGUAGAAGCGAAAUUACAAAUUGAUUCUGAUGCCUUACAACCCAAUAGUGAAGGAGUUGUCAUAGACUACGGACCUGCAGACAAUAAACCAAGUAAAUUGGAUGAACUAUUCCAGAAUUAAAAAGACACAAAUAUGAAAAAACAAUAAAAAAAUUGUUGGUAAUUACACAAAAAAAUAUGAUUUAAUUUUAAAAUAUUUUUAUAUUAAAUAUUUAAUAUAAUUUUCGUUUUUUGUGUCGGUUUGUUUAAAAUUUUUAAUUUCUAUUCAUAUUUCAUUGAGGCUAUGUAAACAAAACGACAUGAAGAAUGUAAGAAUCUAGUCUCAAAAUUUUUAGAAUGUUAUCUAAAAUGUUUAAUAUGUGGCAAAAUAUCUUAACUCCCAUGCAAAUUAUCUAAGGCGAAAUAAUUAGAAUUCAGUAAAUUUGAGCACGAAGGGCUUUUCGGAAAUUGUGAUCUUAGAUCAGAUAGAUAACCUGAUUGCGCAUCCGAUCCAGAAAUAGAUUUUUAUCGCUAUUUAAGAACCGCACGCUCUGUUUUCUAUUCUAAUUUCAACCUUAUUAGUCAGCCUACAAAAAUUAGGUGCCAAUUUAGUAUCUUUACACUUAAACAGCGUCAAAUGCAAUCACGUCAUCUGAAAUUGAUGUAGCGUUAAAUGUGAAGGACGUCAAAUUUCAACCUUAGGGUUCUGAGAAGGAAUUUGUAUGGAUGUUAGAAAAGAAGAUGAUAAUUGUGGAUUUUUACAAAACACUCGGUGUCUUAUCACUUUAAUCCAUCUUUAAUGAUCAAGUUAUGGUGCUAAAGUCAAUUGAACAUGAAAAGAUACACACUAAAUGAAUGGGUACCUUAUGGUUCUUAAACGGAGUUUGUAUCGAUGCUAGAAAACAUGAUAACAAUUAUGAAUUUUAAUAAAACACUCUGUGUCUUUUCUUAUUACAUUCAUCCAUCGUUAAUGAUCAAUUUUUGAUGCUAAAGUCUGUUGAACAUGAAAGGAUACACACUAAAGGAAUGCGUUACCUUAUGGUUCUCAAACGGAGUUUGUAUCGAUGCUAGAAAAGAAUAUAAAAAUCAUGGAAUUACGCCAACACUCUGUAUCUUUUCUCACAACAUUCAUCCAUCUUUAAUGAUCAAUUUUUGAUGCUAAAGUUUGUUGAACAUGAAAGGAUACACACUAAAGGAAUGGGGUACCUUAUGGUUCUCAAACGGAGUUUGUAUCGAUGCUAGAAAACAUGAUAACAAUUAUGGAUUUUAAUAAAACACUCUGUGUCUUUUCUUAUUACAUUCAUCCAUCUUUAAUGAUCAAUUUAUGAUGCUAAAGUCUUUUGAACAUGAAAUGAUACACACUAAAGGAAUGGGGUACCUUAUGGUUCUUAAACGGAGUUUGUAUUGAUGCUAGAAAACAAUAUAACAAUCAUGGAAUUACGCCAACAUUCUAUAUUUUUUCUCAUUACAUUAAUCCAUCUUUAAUGAUCAAUUUUUGAUGCUAAAGUCUGUUAAACAUGAAAGGAUACAUACUAAAGGAAUGGGGUACCUUGUGGUUCUUAAACGGAGGUUGAAUCGAUGCUAGAAAAAAAGAUAAUAUUUGUCGGUUUUCAUAAAACAUUUUGUGUCUUUUCCAAAUAAAAGAGGUCAAGCGCAGGAAAGCAGAACGUAUAAAGUAAUCGGUAUAUUCUCGCCAUUGAAAGAUCCAAAUCUUAGAUCUCUUUUAAUAAAUGAUGAUUCUAUGUCAUAAAUUUCAAUGCAACUAUGAAUAAAUAUCUAAAUAAUUUAUUAUGAAACUUUUUGAAACAUCAGUCAACAGCUGCUAACUUAAUCUUUUUCGCUACAUGUAUCGAUUAAUUUUCAUCCGACUAAUCAAACCAAUUCACUUUAAUAUCCGCUAAAAAAUGCUACCCAAAGUUUAGCUUUAAUGUGUUGCUUUUUACAUUUAACGGUACAUAUAUUCCAGAUGGCUUUCUAAUCUAAUAAUCUAAUUGUUAUAGAACAGUGCCUUGAUAGAGACAGUGUGGCCAAAUGAGAGUGGCCGCAAUGUUUAACCCAAACUACGACACAAAAUAAAUUAUUUUCGAAAUUUUUUUACUUAAAAAUACUAUUGAUUCCUUGAAAAGUUUUUAAUUUACAAUGGGAAAAUAUAAAUUACCAUUACAAAUAGCCACUGCAAUUCAUAGUUACGUGACUGAAUUUGACGUACGAAUUUAAAGUCAAGCGUCAGAAAGUAAUUGCUACUUUAUGGUAUUUCUGUGUUUAUAAACCUUUAUUCAGUUGUAUACUAGAUUUUAUCCACGACUGUUGUAUAAUGUACACAUCGUACAUCAUUGUACACAUUGUACAUCUGCUUGCUCUAUCUCAAUAAUCACGGCAGUGAUUAAGGAAUCAUCAAUCACUGCUAUCAAAUGCUUUAAUGUUUUAGCUGUGUUAUAAUAUAUGGUUUUGAUACAAAAAAUCGGUUUUUAUAAUAUUAGCAUGUAAAACACUACUGAAUAUUCUCAAUUCAGUUCUGUACAUAUUAAAAAAAAUGUAAAAGUAAUUGUUCCUAAACUAGACUCGAACCCGUGACCUACAGUUGUAUACAUGGAACAUUAACAUUGAGCUAUUAGAGACAUUUGUAUAUGUGUUUCUCAACGUACUAUGGGUUUUGAAACAAUCUAUAAAUUGAAGUACCUUUUAAAACAACUUAAAUUUGACUUAAACCUGUCAACAUUAUUUUAUGUUUAGAUUUCUCAGUGUUUAGAUAUCUUACAGCAAAUUAUAUUAAAACAUCAACUAAAAAGGAUAUAAAAAAUGAAAAAGACUUUUCGUUAACACUACCAGAAAUUAGAGGAGUUGCUGAAGUUGCCUCAUAAAAAAACUAAUACAUAGAUUUUUAUGUUGAUUAUUUUGAAGAUAUUAUAAAAUUUUUAAAAUUUUCGAUAAAAAUGUACUAUAUUCUAAUGAAAAAUGAAAGAUUUGUUAAAAUAAAAUAGUGUUUCUAAUAACAAAAUUUUUCAACAAAAAAAUAUUUCGUAGUCGUGGAUAAAGUAUAGUAUUCUACCCGAGUUUAAUGAGUUAUAUUAACCUUCAAUAUACACUUGUGAAUAAUAUACUAUUAAGUUUUAAAUAAAAAUUAUUGCGCAAUUUUUUCUUGCUCUUUGAUUCGUACCAAUUCAAAACAUGAUCAGGUUAUUCACGUCAUCAUUUCCGAAAAGUCCUCAACUAACUUCUUAAUAUAAACGGAAAAAUAUAUCAUCAAAUGUAUUAUCCUUACAUUUGAUUCACUUUUAUGAUUUUUAGACUAACUUUCUGUAACAUCAAAAUUACGACAAUUAUUAUAAUCUUUAACCUUGGAACAAAUUAAGCUCAUGUCAUAUCUCAAAACUCCUUAUCGAUUGUCUAACGACAUUUUGCCAUUUUUCCCAAAUGAAGUGUGUCAUACAUAUUCAAUAUACUAUAUAUACGUAAAAAAUAGUCCUUAGCGUGUACCUACUUUUAAAAUAAUAAUUCAUUUUCAUCUUUCACAUACAGCUUUAAUUACAGUGAAUUCGCACACCGUUUUUAGAAGAGUAAAGCGCCAAAUGUAGUAUCUACAUUCAAUGUUAUAAAAAAUGUUAUAUACAAUGCGGUUAAUCUGUCGUCAAGUGACUCGACAAUUCUUGUAUAGUGAGACCCUGCUAAACAUACGUAGAUAAAUGAAUACUGUGUUUUAUACAUUUUCUGCAGCCGGUAAGAACUCUCGGAAGAUGAAUAACGGUUACUUAAGGUCGAUUUCCAAUAGAGUAAAAACUCUCCUCUCAAUGAUAAGGGGCUUAGUUGAAAGUAAAAUUACAUUUACCAAAUUAGAAAUCACUCUUUCUGUGCAGGUCAUGUAUCAAUGAUUUUAUAGUCGCUUUCAGCUAUAACCUCCCAUCAAUGAUUCAAAAAUGUACCUUUUAUUCUUCCAUUCUAUCGAUUUGAACAAGUUCGUAAACAACUUGGGCGAGCUUAACUUCUCUCUCACAGCGAAUCUGCAAACAAUUACUGACAGUUUCGAAACAAACUUUAUACAGGAAAACUCCUAAAUAUUUGUAACAUAACCUCUACUUGAUUCGCUGAUUUAUAUUUAAACUGUUACCUAAAAGUCUCCAGAACAUUAUUCCAGAUUUUGAUACUAUCAUUGAAAAAAUAGUUUUUUGGUUCAACUCUCUUUUCCAGUGCGCUCUGAAAUCAGAUACUGAAUGAAUAAAAUUGAACAUUAGUCAAAAUUAUCCUUGAUACUCUUUUUCAUUAAAUUUGUGACAAAUAAAUGGUUUGUAUUAAUAAAUUAAGUUAAUUUUGAACGUAUAAACUCGAUCUAGAUUCGUAGCGGUUCCUUUCAGAAGCCAGAGGUCCAUGUUUGUUUUCCACAAUCUGGAAACUUAGUCUACUACAUAACAUCCCCCUAUCUUUUCACUUUUUCUAAUUCUGCUAUUUCUUCACAAUAAACCACCGUGUCGUCUCCUAGCAAUUGCUUAAUUGUUUCUUCUUUUCCAUUACACUCUUUACAAUAGUUGUCCGGUGUUUGUUUUACCAAUAAUUAUCUUCUUGUUGAGUUUCUUUUUUUUUCUCUUCAAUGAUCCUCGGAUAUUGUGCAAUUACUUCUAUUUCACCAAAUAUCCUGAUGUUUAGCUGUGAUUCCUGAGGCAAUAAUAUAUUACAACAAUUCCAUCGGUAAAUACUGUAACUGUCUCUUCGACAUUCUCUCCCUUCCUACCACUUAUUGCAAGCCCAUCUACUUUGAGAUUUUCUUUACCUUCAAAAACUCAGCAGAGGUUUACUUUACCUUAUUACCAUUUUUGAUUCUGUUGAUUUAUGGCUACCUGAUAGAUUGUUGUGUUUCUGCUUGAUUCACAGUUUGGCAAACUUCUCCAUGACGUAAAUGUCUUCUUGAAAUAUAUUAAAUCCAGUUUUCAGUUAAUACGACUUCUCUCUCAAUAUUUUUUUCAUGGUUAUACAUGUGGUUCAAUUUCGUAGUUUCCAAAUUUAUAUAUCAGAAUAAAAUUGGAGGCCAUCACUGCUAUCUAAUUUCUCAGCUUAAAAUAGUUAUUUAUGAUAUGAGUGUUAAAUGUGAUGUUUUAUUUUGUGAGGGAAAAAUUUUAUAAAAUGAACGAACUGAACAAUUUUGUGAACAACAUAAAAUCACAUUUAAUAGAAAUAGCACACAACAUUUUUUCUAUAGCUGCCCUGUUUUGAUAAGAUAAAAUAAGAAAAUUUGGAAUGACAUUAAACAUAAAACCGUGUUAAAACUAUUUAUCCACAACUGUUGUAUAAUGUACUCAUUAUAUGUCUAUUUGCUCUACCUUAAUAAUACCCAUUAAUCACAGCAGUGAUUAAUGAAUCAAUAAUCACUAUUGUCAGAUGCUUCCUUGAUUUAGUUAUAUUAAAACUUUUUGCUACAAAAAUCGGGAUUUUCAAAUUCUCUCUUGUAAUUUCAAUUCAAUUCUGUACAUAAAAAGUGAAUUGUGAAGACACGGUGCAUAUUCAUUGAGCCAUCAUCCACUUAAAAUGUGCAUGUCGUAUAUCUUGCUUUUGAAACAAAAUAAAUUUGUUUUGAACCUGUCAACAUUAUUGUUUGUUUGUAGAGAUUUCUCGGUGUUUUGAUAUUUUGUAUUGAAUUGCGUUAAAUAAAUCAACCAAAAAUGAAGAUCAGUUUUUUUAACACCACCAGAAAUAAGAUAAGCUGCUGAGGUAGCCUCAUUAAAUUUAUUACAGGAGAAGUUAUGAAAAGUUCAUAAUAUGGCCUAUGAAUGUUUGUUGACUGGCAAAAAAAGAAAACCACUUCAUUCUCUGGAUCGACUUUGUUAGUAUUACUUUACAGAAUUAUCGGCAAAAUAUCAAUCUUCAAUUCUAUGGACCUAUUAUUCAAUGUUUAGAAAUACGAUCACCUUACAUGAAGUAUACAUUUAGAGAAUUAUAAAAAAAACUACGUGCAUUACGAAAUUUAGAAAGUUUCCAGCCUAAAAAAGCGAAUACUUUUUUUAGAGAAGAUAUCAAUAACUUUUUAACUAAGGUAUCUGAUAAUAAAUACCUAGCAACAAAGAUAAGAUAUUAAGUAACCCCUUCACAUAGUUAUUUCAUUCAUGAGUUGUAUUAAAUGGAAAUAACCCAUUUAAAAAAUCUUGAAUUAGCUUUUUUGGUUAUUGUGCCAAAUACCAAGACAAAAAUUAGCCGAAAAUUCACUCUUACGGAUAAAGUUUAGAAAAUAUGCAAGACAUAUAAAGUUCACCUCCAUUAUACACUCGUGAAUAAAAUACUAUUUUAAUACGCUUACCAGUGGCGAAUUUACAGAUAUACUGCCCGUAGGCUAUUCAUUUUUAACCGCCUUUACUGGCUGCUGAAUUUCUAUACCUUAGCUCACAAUUAUUUAAAUUACACUUUUUAUGAAAAAAAUAUAAUUCUAAAACUAAGAUAAGUAAACCUCUCUCACCUGAACGAUUUGUCACUGCUGACGUGUGCUAUCUCAAAGUUUGAAUAAAUGUAUUCUAAAUGCUGAUCAUACAGAAACAAAGAUAGGCUUGAUGAUCAAAAUCCCUGCGAGUGAAACGUAGCUAUGAAAGUAUACGCAUUCCUGAUAUGUCUAUUUCUAAAUUAUUGAAAUACAUUUUUUCCAGAACACUGGCUUUUCCGUUAGAACCGAUAGUAACUCAAUAUCUCGCUAAAUCCGUUAUAGGCCUCUUACCGAAUAUUUAUGAAACGAAAAACGUGUUAAGUCUGAAGUAAACGCAACCAUUCCAAUAUCUUCAUCAGGUGUCUAAUCAAAUCUUCUAUUUUUGGUUGUCUUCUUUCCAUUUCUCUAGUAUUUUCUCUCUAUACGUUUAUUUCUUCCAAAUACUUGAAAUUCUCUGGUACAUCUAUGGAAAACUUACGAAGUGAUUCAUGAGAAUCUUGUCUUCUUCUUGUAAACAAAAUUUGCCGCCUCUUGAAAUCUGCCUGCUAUUAAAAGCCUCUUGAUAUGAUGCAAUCAAUGCAAUUUCUUGUAAAGUUCUCUUGACAUGAUGCAAUAUAACGUGCAAUCCAAUGAAAGUCGCAAUAUUUCUUGAUCAAAAGCAUGCGCAGAUGAAGUUCAGGUGAUUGUUUCAUGUAUGAUCGCAUAAUUGCGACAUUAUCGAUAUGGUACCAUUUUUAUUGCGCACAAGCUGCAAUUCUAAGAAGAAAUCUAGUUACUUUUGGCAUAACAACCAACCAAAUGUCAGUCUUAGAUCAGCUGACUUUCGUAAAACUAAUCGUUUCGACCUCGUGGUAAAUUUAACCUUAUUUCGAUUUUGUUUUUGCUCAUAUUUAUUGACAAGGUCGAAAUAAUUAGUUUUACGAAAGUCAGCUGAUCUAAGACUGACAUUUGGUUGGUUGUUAUUCCAAAAGUAACUAGAAUUCUUCCUAGAAUUGCAACUUGCAUGCAAUAAAAAUGGCACAAAACCGAUAAUGCUGCAAGUGCGAGAUCUUGCAUGAAACAACUGACAGAAAUAUUGCUUCUUGUAUAUAUUGCACGUUGGAUUGCUUCAUGUCAAGCGGCCUUAAUGUCAAGAAAUGCGAAAUAUUCGUCUUUCCAAUAUUUUGAUCAUGCAAGAAAUUCCAUGCAACUUCUUGCACGUUGCAUUGCAUCAUGUCAAGCGGUUUUAAAUCCACUACUGACGCUUAUAAUAUUUUUAACACGUGAACAAUCAGUUUUAACACUGACAUCGACUAAUAAUCAUCAUAAUACGUGAAAAAAUAAUGUCUUCGUCUAGCCUCAUUCUAAUAACAGCUUUAUAAAUAUGUUUCAAUUAGAUGAUUGAUGACAUAACCGUUUUGUGUGUAUAUUUUAAAUAAUAUUGUAAAAACUAUCAAUCAUUUGAAAAAUAUAAUUGUACACCAGCUGCUUCGCUCUCUUUAUAUUAUAUAUGUGGGCAUUGUUGAUUCAACUAGAUACUGUUAAUAGAUGUAUUGAAUAUCAUUAAUGUUAAUAAGAAUGUGGUUAAUCCACAAAAUUACACUUAUAUAAUUUCGACAUUUUACUUAAAAUAUUUUUAAAAUUUAUCAUCUAGUUUCAUCAACAAUAUCUUUUUUUUUUCACAGUUCAAAACCAUUUUCUAUAUAAUUGGAUUUAUAUGUAUACGAGGCUCAAUUAAAAUAAAUGGAACACAAUAAUGUUUUUGCUCGUGUAACAAAAAGUAUGCUAUUUUGUAAUAAAUGUAAAUAGUUCUAAAUUAUUUAGAAUUGGCUGUGUGUCUACUUAGUCAAAAAAAAUCAUUUACAUUCUUUUACUAUUUCUGUUAGAUAUAUAAAUAUAAUUUAUCAUAAUAUACCCUCUAUGAGUAACAAUUUGAAAUCCAAAUAUCAAAACUUAUCUAGAAUAUCAUUAUUAUAACAAUUAUAACCAAUCUCACAAUAGAAAACAGGAGGAUUUUUGAUAUUUGUUAUUUGGAUUUGAUUAUGUUGUUUGCCAUUUCUAUCUCUAUUUAAGUCAAAUAUAAUAUAUUACCUUUGUG